AUGGAUGGCUUGGCAAUCUUACGUAAGUUGUUUUUUUUGUUUAAUGGAUUUGAAAGGUUGAUUAUUCAUUAUUUAUAUUUUCCAGUUUUGUCAUCCUGGCAGGAUAUUUUACUUGUAAAUCUUUGGAAAAAGAGGAAAAUCGGGAAAGUUAUUGGUUUCGACGGGCGAAACGACUACUUACGACUUACUAUUUAAUUCUAUUGAUGACAAUUCUAAUGGGCUAUGUGGUUGUUGACAGGAAAGACUAUAAGACUCUGUUGUUUCUGCCUAUGGGCACAAAUAAUUUCUCACUUGAUGGACCUUACAAACACUUCUACAACCUUGUUAUUAUGUCCAUAAUAAUUGCGCUAUGUCCAGUGAUCAAUACGAUAACCAAACACUUUAAUUCGAAGACUGUUGGACAUUCAACGGUUAAUAGAUUGCAACGUGCCAGUCCGGUGAAUUUGCAGCUCCUUUUGUUGGGACUUUUUGGCUUUUUAGCGGCCUUGGACUGGUCGUUCUCUUUAACAGGCUCGUUGUAUUGUGCCGUCAUUGCUUUGUACAUUGCCAACAAGGGAGAUUUUUACGUGCCAGCGCUGACUUGGCUCGGUGACAAUUCUCUGUCCAUUUACCUUGUGUUUUGGCCGUUGCUCAGGUAUUCUGAAUAUGCAAUGCAAUCAGACAGCUAUCACGUCCAAACUUUCCUAGGUAAGCAUAUUUUUGUUUAAUUUUAUUUGUGGCUUAUGUUGGCACAAAAGCGAUUGUAAGGUACCAGCCUGUCGGGAAAAUAAUGAGCACUUUGCAGUCGGCGGCAAAUCGGAUUGCCGCCGAGAAAAUUAAUUGUGUCGCGAGAAAAUCAACUUGUUUUUCGCAUCAACGACGCGAUCCGCGAAGCGAAAUUGCGCCCAUUAUUUUCCAGACAGACUGAUAAUUCAUCAAUUUGCUGUCCAUUUUCAGACAAAGCCCUGCUCUUCUUUGCCGCAAUCCAAGCCGGCAGUCUUCUUGAGGCGCUUUCAUCAACUCUCGCUAAAUGGAUAAAAUCUAAACGCCGACUGCUUAUAGUUGCAACACUUUUUCUGUCGGCCAUUGCGGGCCUACAAUCUGCCAUCUACACAAUUCUGCCGCAAGAGGAACCAAAAUUCGACGGAGCUCGAUUGGAUCAUACGAAUCCAUUGUUUAUUGAGUAUGCCGCAAGCUUGUACAAUCGCAGAGCCCAGCCUUUGAACAUGACCAAUCUUGAGUUGAAAUAUCUUCACAAUCAGAUGGAAAUUUAUGUGGAAACGGCGCUCGAGAACUGCAGAGGGCAUAAUGGGCAAAUGCCGUUGGUGGAAAGGAUGGACUACUUUUGCUCGGAAAAAGUAGGAAUCUUCGUCUGCACCAAUUGUCAGGUUUUGAAGUAA